AUGGAUCAAAUCGAAACCGCCGAGAUCUCUCGCCCCGACAAAGGAGACCCUUUGGCGUCAGUUUCAAUCAGUGGUGUCGAGAGUCUGUCCUCCUAUAGCUGGAUCGAAACCCCUACGCCCACGAUUGCUGUCCCUGGUAGCCCUGCUCUCUGGAACCCCCCACUAGGACAUUAUCAUCAGAUCAAGAAAGACUCUGGUCUGGUCUACAUCGCCCAGAAUGCAGCCCGCCACCCUGACAGCCCCCUCGAGCCGUUGUUUCGAGCGUUGUACAUUGCGCACCCUUCGUUCAACAUCCACACCGUUGAUCUAGUGACUGAUCGGAACAAUGUUCGGAAGCUCUUGUCCUUCGUUAACCCCUCCUUGGAGCAGAGUAAACGGGGACCCUUCACCAUUGAAGUCGAAGUCACAAAGGAUACCGCAAUCUUUUGUCGUUCCGAGACGGCAGUGUACAGAUUCAUCGGUCCUAAGGAGUCCAUGGGUUAUGGUCACGAAUUCGAGAAGGCGUAUACAACGGAGAUAGUGGAUAACGGUGCCAGCCAUCGUAGGAUUAUCACUUACGAUCUCGGUGGCAUGAAGCUCCUAGUUUCCUAUGAGACGGAUAUAUACAUUUGGGACCCUACUCAAGACAAUGAUGAAACAUCAAGCUUGACCGAGCCACAGUCUCCCCUUCUGAGCAAGCCCUCUUUUGCAGCCAGCGACAAAUCAGUGUUGAUGAUUAAGAAGAAGGCCAGACUCAUUCCCUUGGCCGAAGUCCUUCCGCAGAUGUGGGUGUCUCAAGUUCCGAAUCUCGUCCGUGCCUAUCACAAACAUGGCCUGUUUACCUGUCCGAAUGUCGAAAACAUCACGGAAAAAGGGAAGGAGUGGGAGAAAGCCCACCGCGCAGAUAUCAAGAGAUUGGUUACCUUGAUCAAAAACAUCAUCUCGGUAGUCAAGGAGAAUGGUGGAAAAGCUGUUGUCCGGUAUGAUUGCCAGAGCGACAAGUUGGUGGUCUGGAAAACUGACACGGGAAAGAAGUUGCUGCCGGAUGACCUUUACGCUCGUUUCGAGAAAGACGAAGCUCAUUCGGUCUAG